AUGGCGCAGGCACAGCAGCAGGAAGACAAGGUGGACUCUCUUGCAGAUCUCCUGGGAGAGUCAGCAUUUAUCUCUGGGAAUCUGGUGCCACUCAUGGCUUCUUUGGCCAACCCACCCCUGAAGACCCUCCUCAAGUCUUGUCUCCUCCGGGAGAAGCGGGCCAGCGUGAGCAACCCCCUCUUCCUCCCACUGAUCCCACCGCAAUCACAAGGCUUCACUGCCAUUGUGCUCACCUAUGACCGUGUGGAGAGCCUCUUCCGGGUCAUCACCGAAGUGUCCAAGGUACCCAGUCUAUCCAAGCUGCUGGUCGUCUGGAAUAAUCAGAACAAAAAUCCUCCAGAAGAGUCUCUCUGGCCCAAAAUUCGGGUGCCGUUAAAAGUGGUGAGGACUGCUGAAAACAAGCUGAGUAACCGUUUCUUCCCAUAUGAUGAAAUUGAGACUGAGGCUGUCCUGGCCAUUGACGAUGACAUUAUUAUGCUGACUUCUGAUGAGCUGCAGUUUGGUUAUGAGGUCUGGCGGGAAUUUCCUGACCGACUGGUGGGCUACCCAGGUCGUCUGCAUCUCUGGGACCAUGAGAUGAGUAAGUGGAAGUACGAGUCUGAGUGGACUAACGAGGUGUCCAUGGUGCUCACUGGCGCAGCCUUCUAUCACAAGGUAAGUGGUAUGGGCCAGGGUGAGUAUGUCAGGGUGACACCAAAGAGGGUGUGCUAUGUACCCUCAUUUCAUUUGGCCCAGUUUAACUUUCCAGACCUGUUGCAAGUUUAG